AUGGGAAAAAGAAAGAAAACUGAUGGUGAUUCAGUUCUCGGUGAGGCGGAUUCGAAUGGUACAGUGACAAGUUCGGAUGUUGUUACUUCAACUAGUUUAUGCGAUACAAACAACGAUGAGUAUGAUGUUUGGCUAAUUAGAAAGCCGACAAGGAUUCCAUUAAGUGAUUUGUCAUCGAUUAAAUUUCCUCACAAAGCGAAAAGUCGAAUAAGAGUUCUGAUUCCAUCUCGAGCCGAUGCAGUACCAUUGGACUGUCAUUUUCAUCGUCUUUCUUUACCCCACGUUUUUAUCCCAACUAGUGGUAUCAGAACUCAGAAGGAUGCUAUGACACUUAAAGCCACAAAUUUGGUGAAAGGAAUUGUGCAAGUGAAUGAGAAACUUGAUUUAAUAGAUGGUACUGUAGUUCUCACGAAUGAUGAUGGUGUUACUAUUAAACAAGAACCUGGUACGCUGUUGGAAAGUGGAAUACAUGAAAUGAAUUUUAAAAUUAGUUCAAUUCGCAAAAAGCCACAGUUGCCAGCUGACAAUAUAAAGCAACGAUUGAAACCAUUUGGAAUUAUUCCUAAAAAGAAGAGAAAAAAUUGCAAGCUCCCAAAUUUGAUCAAUUGUUAA